AUGGGAAAAGCGAAAGAUAAGAAUGGAAGUGUGAAGCUGUUUGAUGAUGACAGUAAUGGGUUGGAUGAUGACGUUUCGAAGAUUGAGAUUAAUCAAGAAUUUGCCCGUCGAUACGAGCACAAUAAGAAGAGGGAAGACUUGCAGAGAAUCCAGGAACUGGAAAAGAAAGGGGUCGUCAGUUUUAGAGAUGAUGAUUCGGAAGAUUCUUCGUCGGAAGAAGAGGAGGAGGACAUACUUAUGACAAGUAAAAAGCAGGAUUUGAAAUUUUUUGAUGCUUUGAUUAAGGUGAAAAAACAAGAUCCUUCGUUAAACAGUAAAGAGGCGAAUUUGUUCUUUUCUGAUUCUGAGUCAAUGUCGGAGGAUGAAAGUGAUAAUAAGAAUGAGAACCGAAAGCUAGAUAAUAAUAAUGAUGGUAGAAAGGGGAAGAAACCCAUGUAUUUGAAAGAUGUUGUUUCAAAGCAUUUAAUUGAGGAGGGUCCGGAGUUCAAUGAUGAAGAUGACGAUGAUGAUGAAGAUGUGAAUAAUAAGAAUAUUGAUGGUAAUGUGAAAGUAAAGAGUUUUUUGGAAGAACAAGAGGAGUCAAGGAGGGAGUUUUUAAAGGUGCUUGAGGAGGCUGCGAAUGUUGAGGAUGAGGAAGGGGAUUUUUUGAGAGUGAAAAAUGGCAAUGGUAAAGGGGAAGAGGACGAUGGUGAAAUUGAGGAAAAGUUGGAUGAUUAUUUUGGGGAGGAUGAAAAGCUAGAUGAGGACACUAAGUUCUUAAAAGAUUAUUUUAGGAAUAAAUUGUGGCUAGAUGACAGUAAAAGUAAUAAUAUUGUGGAUGAGGAUGUCGGGUUUUCAGAGGACGAGGAAGAGAUAGUAAAGCAAGAGGAUUUCGAGAGGGGGUAUAAUUUUAGGUUUGAAGAGAAUGCGGGGGAUAGGGUAAUGGGUCAUUCACGAAAAGUGGAGGGUUCUGUAAGGAAAAAAGAGAAUGCUAGAAAGGUGCAGAGGGAGAGGAAGGAAGAGAGAAUGGUGCAGGCUGAGUAUGAGCGGAAUGAGGAAUUGAAGCAUUUGAAGAACUUGAAGAAAAAGGAGAUUAAAGAGAAAUUGCAAAAGAUUAGGGAGGCUGCAGGAAUUAGGGAGGAUGGCAAUUAUUUGUUGAAUGAGGAUGAUUUGGAGGAAGAAUUUGAUCCCGAGGAGUAUGACAGGAAGAUGAAGGAAGCAUUUGAUAAUAAAUAUUACAAUGCAGAGGAUAUGGAUCCAGAGUUUGGGAGCAGUAGCGACGAAGAUGCGGCUGAGUAUGAGAAACCUGAUUUUGAUGAGGAAGAUAGGUUGCUUGGACUUUCAAAUGGUUAUGACGAGGUGAAGGAGACUGGAGAUGGAUUCUUGUCGGCCAGGCAAAGAAUUUUGAAAAGUAAGGUGCAUGGUGAAGAUGAAAAUCAGCUUGUAGAAGAUGAAGGAAAUGAUCUUAAAGAGGGUAAGCGGAAGAGAAAGUGGAAGCCUAGUGAAGUGGAGAACGCAGUUAGAGAGCAAUUGAUGGAGGAGUAUUAUAAGUUGGAUUAUGAAGAUACAAUAGGAGACUUGAAAACAAGGUUCAAGUACAAACCUGUCAAGUCUAAAAGAUUUGGAUUGAGCACCGAGGAGAUUUUUAUGCUGGACGACAAGGAGUUGAAUCAGUAUGUUUCUAUGAAAAAGCUGGCUCCUUAUAGGGAGAAGGAAUGGAAGGUGCCUCGUAUUAAAACAUACCAGCAAAAACUGAGGAACAGGGCACUUCUUGAAGGAGAGACAUCAAAUACUAAUAACAAAGAUAAUAAUAAGAAAGGACGUAAUGACGAAUUAAGAGAAGGCGUCGUCAAGCAGAACUCAAACUGUCAUAUUCAAGGCUUAUGGCGUAUGGGAAAAUCCAUUCCAAGCCUAAGAGUGCGAAGCAUUAGAACAGAGUAUGGUCAAAAAUUUCGCAAUAUUUCUAUUGAAGAUUUUGAAAUUUCUUACAAAGUUCAUCACCUAGCCCGGUAUUAUCAUCAAGAGGAGCAAGGUAAAACAUUCGAUUCACUUGACAGACUUACUGGUGUGAAAUGGUUCAUUGGUGAAUCGAAAUUCGAUUAUAAAGAGAAUGCUAAGAAUAUUAUAAGAGAAGGAGUGGAAUUUUACAGCAAUGGAGAUUACUAUGAAGGUGAGUUUCACCAUGGUAAAUGCAAUGGGAGUGGGGUGUACAAUUACUUUGCGAAUGGGAGAUACGAGGGCGACUGGAUUGAUGGGAAGUACGAUGGGUAUGGAGUGGAGAGUUGGUCGAGAGGGAGUCGAUACCGGGGGCAGUAUAGGCAGGGAUUGAGGCAUGGCUAUGGAGUUUAUAAGUUUUACACUGGGGAUACAUAUGCAGGGGAGUGGUGUAAUGGGCAGAGUCAUGGGAUGGGAGUGCAAUCCUGUGCUGAUGGGAGUUGUUAUAUUGGAGAGUUCAAAUGUGGGGUUAAACAUGGCCUUGGUUCUUAUCAUUUUAGAAAUGGAGAUAGAUAUGCUGGUGAAUAUUUUGGAGAUAAAGUCCAUGGUUUUGGCGUCUAUCACUUCUCGAAUGGUCACUGCUAUGAGGGAUCUUGGCAUGAAGGACGAAAACAAGGUUAUGGCAUGUAUACUUUCCGAAGUGGUGAGACGAGAUGUGGCGAAUGGGAUGGUGGUAAUCUUAAGACGUCCCUUCCUCCGCUAACUGAUGCAGUUCUGCGAGCUGUUCAGGCUGCUAGAAAAACUGCGGCAAAUGCAAUAAAACCCUGCAUGGUUGAUGAACAAGUGAACAAGGCUGUUAAGGCUUCAAACCGAGCUGCCAAUGCCGCCAGAGUUGCUGCUGUUAAAGCUGUUCAGAACAGGAUUGAUGGAAAAUUCUGCGAUACUGAAGUUUAA